CUUAGAAUGACUAUAUAUAUGUACAUAUGCUCAAACGUUUGCUACUCAAAUCAUUCAAGAAUCAAUAGCAUUUUCAUUAGUGUCUUAUAAAUAUUACUAUAGCUUCUCAUUUGGGGUUCAGUUUCUUUUUGAUGUUGUCAUUUUUUUUCCCCUUUCUUGACAUAACUGAGGAGCUGUGAAUAGGGUCCAAAAUGAGGGGUCAUAAACCAUUUUAUGGUUUAUUUUUAUUGCCUUUAUUAAUUUUAUUCUCGGUAGAUUUGUGCAGUGCAGAUGAUGACAAGACAAUGUUUCAAGUUGUCGGCACUGGCGAGUGUGCUGACUGCAAGGAGAAUAACUUCAAGACAAGUCAGGCAUUUUCAGGUCUACACGUGACCAUCGACUGCAAGCUCAAGAAUGGGGACAUGAAAAGAGUCGGAUCAGGCGAACUCGACAAGCAAGGCAAGUUCAAGGUCUCUCUCCCAAAAGACAUCAUUCAAAAUGGGCCAAAACUCAAGCACGAAUGCUACGCUCAACUCCACAAUGCGGCCGCCAUCCCUUGCCCGGCCCACAACGGCCUCGAAGCCUCCAAAAUCGCACUCAAGCCCAAAGCCGACGGCAAAAAUUACAUUUUUACCCCUUCAGAAAACAUUCGGUUCUCAGCCGCGCUAUGCACUUCCAAAUUCUUUUGGCCAUACUUCAAAUACCCCCCUUUGCCACCUUUGAAACACUUUGACCACCCUUGGCUCCUUCCCCCUUUGGCCCCACUCUAUAAGCCACUCCCGCCGCCAGUCCCUGUUUCUGAGCCGCCAGUUCCUGUUUACGAGCCGCCGCCAGUGGUGGAGCCGCCCAAGAAGCCAUGCCCACCCACCAAGCCGCCGGUGGAGAAGCCACCAGUUUACAAGCCGCCGGUGAAGAAGCCACCAGUGAAGGAGCCGCCAACUUAUAAGCCGCCAGUGAAGGAGCCACCGAUUUCCACGCCGCCCAAAAAGCCAUGCCCACAGACCAAGCCAAAGCCGCCAGUGCAGAAGCCGCCCGUUUACAAGCCGCCUGUGAAGGAACCGCCGAAGUUCAAUCCGCCGAUUUACAAGCCGCCUGUGUACAAUCCACCCAAGAAGCCAUGCCCACCCACCAAGCCAAAUCCACCGAUUCACAAGCCGCCGGUAGAAAAGCCACCGGUUUACAAGCCGCCAGUGGUGAAGCCACCGGUUUACAAGCCACCAGUGGAAAGCCCACCAAUCACAAAGAAGCCAUGUCCACCCAUCAAGCCAAAUCCACCGAUUUACAAGCCGCCAGUAGAAAAACCACCGGUUUACAAGCUGCCAGUGGAAAGCCCACCAAUCACUAAGCCAUUGCCACCACCAAUUCCGAUUUAUCCAAUCCCACCAAUCACAAAGAAGCCUUGCCCGCCUCUACCAAAGCUUCCUCCUUUCCCUAAAAUCCCUCCAAAGUACUUACACCACCCCAAGUUUGGAUUCCCACCUCUCCCACCCGCCAUUCCUCAUGCA